GACCUCGAGGUGGCUGAGCUGGGGGACUCCGAUGUCCACGUCAAGAUGUUGGCAGCCCCCAUCAAUCCCGCCGACAUCAAUAUGAUCCAAGGGACCUACGCCAUCCUCUCCCCCCUGGGGGUGUUUCCCGAGGAGAUGCUGCUGAAGGUGCCCAGCGACAUCCCGGUGCUGUGCGCCGCCACCCUGAGCGUCAACCCCUGCACGGCAUACCGCAUGCUGGCCGACUUCGAGACCCUGGCGCCGGGUGACUCCAUCAUCCAGAACGCCGCCAACAGCGGCGUGGGCCAGGCUGUUAUCCAGAUUGCCAAAGCCUCUGGCAUCAAGACCAUCAACGUGGUGAGGGACAGACCUGAUCUCCCAAAGCUGGUGGAGAGGUUGAUGGCCCUGGGCGCAGACCACGUCGUCACGGAGGAGAUGCUGAGAAAGCCAGAGAUGAAAGAUAUAUUUAAGAGCAUCCCGAAGCCCCGGCUCGCCCUGAACUGCGUCGGAGGCAAAAGCACUACGGACAUGCUGCGGCAUCUGCAGCCCAAAGGGACCGUGGUCACCUACGGCGGGAUGGCAAAGCAGCCCGUGGUGGUGCCUGUGAGCGCGUUCAUCUUCCGGGACUUGCGGCUCCGCGGCUUCUGGAUGACCCAGUGGAGGAAGGACCACGCGCAGGACCAGGAGGGCCUGGCCAGCAUGAUGGACGCCGUGUGCCAGCUCAUCCGGAGGGGGCAGCUCACCGCGCCGGCCUGCACCGAGGUCCCGCUCCAGGACUACAAGGCAGCACUGGAGGCAUCCAUGAAGCCCUUCACGUCCUCGAAGCAGAUCCUUCUCCUCUGACCCCCCGAGACCUUGGCUUGUGGGCAGCAGCGGGCUGAGCCCAGUGCUUGCUCCACUCCACCACAGCCAAGCUUUCCCUUGCUGCCUUGUCGACA